AUGACAUUUUUGGUCAGAAAAAUCCAUCCUUUGAUGGAAUCUUGUUCCAUGUCCAUCUUAGCACACAAGAACAGUUUUUCAUUUUGCACCUUACUAUACACCGAUAUUCGCUCCAGGCCAAACAUGAGCAGUUUCCCAACUGCAAUCAAGUUUUCUUACAGCACACACACACCAGGGUCCUUAUCGCAAACGCGCCCACGCUCUCACCAGUCGUCUCCUUCCUCUGUCCGUCCCCCCCUCCCCCACCCACCGGCGACCUCACCCACCCACCCCCUCCCCGAUCCGCCGCCCGCCCGCCCGCCGGAGAUGCAUCCCGCCGGCGCCGGGGACUACUCCGCCCCCUCCUACUACCNNNNGGACCAGCUCUACCCCCCGGCGGCGGCGGCGGGCGGGGGCGGGUGGUCCGACGACGGCGCGUACGCGUACCGCGGCGGGGACGCGCCGGAGCCCUACGGCGCCAGGGGCACCACGCCGAGGCAGGGCUCCGGGAGCGCCGCGCUGUUCGAUGAUUACGGGAGGUCGAUUGGUCCCGGGAAGGACAGGGGUGGUGGGGGUGGGGGCGGCGGCGCGGCGAGCCCCAAGGUGGUGAGGGCCGUGCCCAAGGCGGAGACGUCGGAGGACGUGAGGGGCGGGGUGCAGAAGUUCCGGGUCAAGCUGCUGCCUGAGGGCGCCGGUAGCCCCAUGGAUGUGCUCUGCCAGGUUGGUUUGGAUGGGAUUCGGAUGCUUGAUCCCAACACUAGUAGGACACUGAGGAUAUAUCCCCUUGAAACUGUUACUAGAUGGGAUGUAUUGGAUUCUUCUGUAUUUGCCUUUUGGUCGAAGAGUUCGGUUGAUCUUGAAGCAAGAAGAAUACGGCUGAAGUCAAGCAGCUAUACAACCAACACCAUUCUGGACACUGUGACAGCUGCCUCUGUUCAGUUCAAGGAGAUGGCAAGCAGCGUUUCGAGAAGUAAAGCAGCUGCUGAUCCUGCCAGCCCUUCUGAACAGCAAAAUGAGAAGAGGAGGAAUUUCCUUGAUUGGAGGAACUUGGUGAAGCCCGUGACUGAGGAGAAAGACCACUGGGUCCCAGAUGAAGCUGUCAAUAAGUGCACGGCCUGUGCAGGAGAUUUCAGUGCCUUCAACCGCAGGCAUCACUGUCGGAACUGUGGUGAUAUUUUCUGCGAUAAGUGCACCCAAGGAAGGACUCCUCUAACUUCAGAUGCUGAUUCUCCACCAGUCCGAGUUUGCGACAGAUGCAUGGCUGAAGUUUCUCGAAGGCUGAGCAGUGCAAAGGAAGCGGCAAAUCGACCUGUUGUUCAGAGCCAUGAGGAUCUCGCCAGAAAACUUCAGGAAGCGAUGGAUAUAAACAAGAAGUCAUCUUCAGGUUCGAGGUCUUCAGACGGAUCUUCUGGCAAGCGAAUGCGGGAGGUCGCAUGCCCCAUCUGCACAGUGCACCUCCAGGUGCAGGUCCCAGCCUCUGGCUCGGAGACGAUAGAAUGCGGCGUGUGCCAGCACCCUUUCCUCGUGAGCUCUCGUUGA